GAAAACCGCUUCAUUGAAAGCAGACAGCAGCUUCUCUCCUUUUCUUUCCACUUCACUCUCUCUCUCUCUCUGGCUCUCUCACUCUCUCUUCAUUUCUGAACCUUUGUCCAGAUCUCAGCAGAGGGUAGUGGCGCAGCUCGAGGAGGAGAAUGGCAUGUUAGCAGAGCUCUGAAUUGGAGGUUUGGUGAGCGGAUCUGUUGCGCUUGUGGCAGAAGGUGCCACUGGUUUCGGUUUAUAGAAUCUCGUGAGGAAGGGAAGUGGAAACGGGAAAGCAGGGGAAGCAGAAAUGACGAUCGCAGGGGUACAUGAUCCGUUGCUUGGUGGGAUGACCUGCGGGUCUCUGCUUCAGCAAUUGCAGCAAAUCUGGGAUGAGGUUGGUGAAAGUGAUGAGGAUCGGGAUAAGAUGUUACUUCAGUUGGAGCGAGAUUGCUUGGAUGUAUACAGGCAGAAAGUCGACCAGGCAUUGAUAGCACGGACGCAGCUUCUCCAGGAACUGGCUGAUGCGAAAUCUGAACUCGCCGGCCUGCUCGCAGCUCUUGGAGAGAGGAGCUUUAUUGGCACACCGGAGAAAACUACUGGAACCAUCAAGGAGCAGCUUGCAGCCAUAGCACCAGCACUUGAAGAACUCUGGAAACAAAAGCAGGAGAGGAUCGAAGAAUUCGCUGAUGUUCAGUCACAGAUUCAGAAGAUUUGUGGAGAGAUUUCUGGGAACCUUCACAUUAGUGAUCAGAUGGAAACCCCAAAGGUGGAUGAGAAUGAUUUAUCCCUUAAGAAGUUGGACGAGUUUCAUUCCCAACUGCAGGAGCUUCAAAAAGAGAAGAGUGAUCGUUUGCACAAGGUCCUUGACUUUGUCAGCACAGUUCAUGAUCUUUGUGCUGUUCUGGGGAUGGAUUUCUUCAGUACUAUUACGGAAGUUCAUCCAAGCCUGGACGAUGCUGUUGGCGUUCAAUCAAAGAGCAUUAGCGAUGACACUUUGUCCAAGUUGGCGAGGACUGUAGAGUCUCUGGAAGAGGACAAGAAACAAAGACUUCAAAAGCUUCAAGAGCUAGCGGGACAGCUGUGUGAUCUUUGGAACCUGAUGGACACACCUAUGGAGGAGAGGAGCUUAUUCGAUCAUGUGACAUGUAACAUGUCUGCAUCAGUUGAUGAGGUCACUGUGCCUGGGGCCCUUGCUUUAGACUUGAUUGAGCAGGCUGAGAUGGAAGUUGAACGUCUAGACCAGCUGAAGGCAAGCAAGAUGAAGGAGAUUGCCUUCAAGAAACAAGCCGAGCUUGAAGAGAUAUAUGCACGCGCUCACAUAGAAAUAGAUUCAGAAGCUGCUCGUGAAAAGAUACUUCUCCUUAUUGAUUCUGGGAAUGUUGAUCCUUCUGAAUUACUUGCAGACAUGGAUAAUCAAAUACUGAAAGCUAAGGAGGAAGCUUUUAGUAGAAGAGAAAUAAUGGAGAAGGUUGAGAAGUGGAUGUCAGCUUGUGAGGAAGAGAGCUGGCUUGAAGACUACAAUCGGGAUGAGAACAGAUAUAAUUCCAGUAGAGGUGCUCAUAUAAAUUUAAAACGCGCAGAAAAAGCUCGCAUUCUUGUAAAUAAAAUUCCUGCUCUGGUUGAUACUUUAGUAGCCAAGACACGAGCAUGGGAGGAGGAGAGGGGCAUACCAUUUAUUUAUGAUGGCGUCCCAUUACUUGCUAUGCUGGAUGAGUAUGCAAUGCUGAGGCAUGACAGAGAAGAAGAGAAAAGAAGAAUGAGGCAGGACCAGAAACGAUUCCAUGAGCAACUAGCAACUGAGCAAGAAACCAUUUUCGGUUCAAGGCCAAGCCCCAAUCGGCCUCUUGGCCCGAAGAAGGUGGUUGGGCCGCGUGUUAAUGGGAAUGGCACACCAAACAGAAGGUUAUCUUCUGGUGCUCAGAGUGUACGUUCUGCAAACAAAGACGGAAAGCGGGAACUUAGGCCUGCUGCCCCUGUGAACUACGUUGCAAUUGCCAAAGAAGAUGCUGCAUCUCAUGUAUCUGGGAGUGAACCAGUUCCAGCUUCUCCAUGACAAUGAAUAAGAUUAAUUGUAUUAGAAGUUUUAUGUCCUUUUCUUUUAAUCAUCUGUAGGUUAAGUUUUGGCAGUUUGGAGAAAUGCUUUGAUUGUUGAUAGCUUUUAGAUUAGAGAAGAAAAAGGAAAAGAAAACACAAUUUGUCUGCAAUCAGCACAUCUAUACUUUUAGGGGCGGUUGCUUUUAUAUUGGUAAGCAAACCAAUUAUAUGAAGAAACAAGCUGAAGCAGAAACAGAUUCUGUAUUGAGCCUACUGUGCAAAACCUCAGUACCCUUUUUGGUUUUUCAGAAAUUGUCUAGCCCAUUGAUGAUGUUAAAUUUACUGUGCCUGGUAACUGAGGUUUUGUUUCA